AUGUCUGGUAGCUUCGAUUUCGGGAAUUUCGGCAGCGGCUACGUUGUCGGGGGGUCUCCCCACAGCAGUAUCCACACCGAGGUGGCGAUGGGUGAUGACGGAAAUAUUCCAGAGUACAACUUGGGUCCUCUGGCCAUACCUGUUGACUUCAGUUCUCCUCAAUUUCACUACAACACCGUAAUGUCAUCACCAGAUAUGGGCGCAUUACACUAUUCACAACGCAAUUCACCACUCAUCCAGGCGACAAUGUUUCCCGCACUGAACAUAAGUCAGUCGGCUUACGACCAAAACAGCUAUUAUGGGCCUCAGAACGUCAUUAAUUCCAACUUAUGGAGGCCUCCGGCUGAAGCACAACCGAUUGCGCCUAUGCCCACUACAGAGGCCGCGAGUCUGGCCACCGGGACAUUGAGGAGGGUUACGGGCGGUGGAUGUAGAAACAAUUGCGAGGGAAGGUUCGAAGGGGAACAUAAAUGCAUGCGCGACAGUAAGGGACUUUCCGUUCGAUGUGGUGCAAAGGGCUGCGAAUCAGUCCUCACCUCCCGAGGCCGCUUCAACAGACAUUGGAACACCAAACAUCGAAAUGGAGGAAUUUAUGCAAAGCAGAAGCUUAGUUGCCCGGUCAUUGGCUGCGGGAGAGUUGGUGACAGAGGUUUUGCACGCCAGGAUAAUCUUCGGCAGCAUCGUCGGAAUGUCCAUAAUGAGAAUAUCCCGAAAGAAAGGCGUCGAUGCACGGGAACCGUUACUAUUAGUUGA